AUGGGUCUCGCCGCGAAACUCGCUGCCGCCAACGCAGGAGCCUCGCCGUGCCCGGCUCCGUCGUUCGGCCAGGCUGCUCCCCCUGCUGCUGCUCCGCAGCCCGCAUUUGACCCGACCAAGGACGUAAACGCUGUUCUGCGCGUGCUGGAGGAUGGCGUCAAGGACCAGAACAUCUCGCACUUCUACCCUCCCGGCUCGCUCAAGCCCAUUGCCGAACGCAUCGUCCGCACCGGCGCGCUGACCCAGAUCGCGCAGUCCUGGCACCUCCCGUACGAACUCGCGAUGGACCUCGCCCGCCUCGCUCUCUUCGACGUUGCACUCCUCCUGGACGACUCGGCAUCGAUGCAGUUCUUCGAAAACGGCGUCAGGAUCGACGAGUUGAGGAUGAUGGUCGGGAACAUCGCAACUGCUGCCGGGUUGUUCGACUCGGACGGGAUCGAAGUCCGCUGGUUGAACAGCAAGAAGGAGGGAAACGGGUUCACGACUGAAGCGCAGGUGGUCGAGUUGAUUGGACGUGUCAAGUGGGAUCGCGCGACACCACUUGGAACGGCGAUGAAGCACAAGAUCCUUGAGCCGCUCGUCUACAAGAAGAUCAAGAAGAACGCGCUCAAGAAGCCUCUUCUCAUUAUUUCGGUCACCGACGGGGCGCCUACUGCUGAACCGAGGGACGAGAUCGUCAAGGUCAUCAUCGAAGCGCGCGACAAGCUCUCCAAGACGCCCUACACGCCCGACGCCGUAUCGUUCCAGUUUGCACAGGUCGGGAACGACCUCGAAGCGCGCCAGUUCCUCGAAGAGAUCGACUCGCACCCGAAGAUUGGGUCGCUGGUUGACACUUGCUCCAAUUUCGAGAACGAGAGCGACGAUAUGGCCAAGGCCAAUCCGCCGGUCCACCUCACUCGCGAGCUGUGGUUGACCAAGCUUCUCGGCCCGAUCCACUCCGGCUGGGACAGCUCGGACGAGAAGUAA